CCUAGCAGAGCAGAGGUGGGAGUGGCAUCGGUCGGGGCCGGGGAAGGAGGAGGACGACUUCGCCCCUUCAUCUUCGCCUCCAUCUCCUGAUUCUUCUCCAUCUCCUUCUCACGGACGGAAGGCAGGUGCCGCCUCAAGACGAGGAUGGACGGCCCGUCUCAGUUCCCCGCUGUGGGGUCGCAGCAGCGGGCGGCGGCGGCGCCGAGGACGAGGGGAGGUUGGACGAGGAAGAUGCUUCUGAAGCCAGGUCGGAGUCUGAUGGACUGGAUCCGUCUGAUUAAGAGUGGGAAGGACAUGACUGGGCUGAAGGGAAAGUUACUUCGGGUAACACCAGAAGAGCUUGCAAAACAUAAGGAGAAGACAGAUUGCUGGAUAUGCAUCAGAGGUAUGGUUUAUAACGUGACCCCUUAUUUGGAGUAUCACCCUGGUGGUGAGGACGAGCUGAUGAGGGGCGCUGGAGCUGAUGCGACAGAAUUAUUUGAUCAGAUUCACAGCUGGGUCAAUUACGAUUCUAUAUUGAAGGAAUGCCUUGUAGGAAGAAUGACGUCAAAGCCUUUUCCUGUUGCUAAAGCUUCUGUGACGCAACCACGUUUAAUGGUGCCAAAGUGGACGUUACCAAAUGUUCCUGUGGCUCAACCAGGUUUAACGGUGCCAAAGGAGAUUAUACCUAAUGGAUUAGCUGUUCCAGGUGGAUCUCAAAAACAACCUCAAGAUAUUUCCCCACGAUAUGAAUGGUUUCAGACAGAGGAUACGAUCACAGUUGUUAUAUACACCAAACAAAAGGACAUCAACUCGGAUUCCGUGAUUGUAGACUUGGAAGGUGAUGUUCUAAGAACAGAAGUUCGUCAACAAGAAUAUUCUUAUAUCCUUCAAUUGGAACUGAGUAAUAAAGUACAAGAAGGAGUAUCUGUACUUUGUAGCAGCAAAGUGGGAAAAAUUGAACUGCACUUGAAAAAACUUAAUAAUACAGUAUGGAGUGAUCUUGGACAACCUGGAGAAGAUAAUGACUCGUACAAAAAGAAUACAAACGGGGAUCUUUUCUACCGAAAAUGCAAGCUGAUUUCAAAGAAGGAUGUCACGCACAACACCAGACUGUUCUGCUUCCAGCCCCCUCCCGGAUGUCAUUUGUCUAUACCUGUUGGGCAUCACAUCUAUCUUAAAAGUCAUAUUCAAGAUGUAGAAGUAGUCAGGCCAUAUACCCCGGUGUUGCCAUCCUUGUGUCCAGAAUCAGUGGAUGAGGAUCAGACAUGCACAAAUAUCUAUUUAAUGGUCAAAAUUAAUCCCGAUGGAUUGCUGACGCCUAUUAUUGACAAGCUUCAAAUUGGUGAUUCUAUAUACAUGAGUAGCCCAGAAGGCAACUUCUUUUGCACUCAACUUGAAGGAAUAACUGAGCUUAUCCUCAUGGCUGCUGGUACUGGCUUCACUCCCAUGGUUAAACUCAUCAUCUUCGCUUUGAAGAUUUUGAAUUUCAGAAAAAUCCGACUGGUGGUAAUUAACAAGGAAGAAAGGGAUAUUUUGUGGAAGGAUCAAUUGGACAAGUUGGCCUCAACAGACCAAAGGUUUGAGGUCGACUAUAUUCUGUCACAGCCUCACGCAGAAUGGGCAGGAAGAAUGGGAAGGAUUGAGAUGUCUCUCUGUGCAGAACUUUUAUCUCAGCGCACUGAAGGGGUGAAAAGUCUGGUGUGCGUUUGUGGUCCAGCGUCCUUCACUGAGAUAGUUGUUGGAUUCUACAAAGAAUUAGGAGUUAGCGAUGAAGAGAUUUGUACUUUUAGUCCAUAACAGUUCAAAAAUAAAAGUCAGCCACUGGAAAGCCAUUUCACUGUUAGCAAAAGACCCUGCCAACCGGAUUCUAUUUAAGAUGGUUUACAAAAUAUUUUAAACUCUGCUAUGCAUAACUCCUGACUUUUAAUUUGUUUGAUGGAUUUAUACAUAUAUUCCAAAUGUAUUCAAUUUUUAAAUUAAUUUGCACAUGUAAUUUAUGCUCUGGUGGGG